AGGAUUGUAAUGUUGUAAUUAAACUCGAUAUAAUGUUAAUUUUAUAAUAAAACUAAAUCAUAUUUUUAACAACAAAUAUGGGCGAAGAAAAACCGGUUGAAGAUAAAUUAAUACAAACCAUUGGUGAAUUUGGAAAAUGGCAGUUCCUUUUGGUGCUUCUUUUAUGUGUACCUGCAAAGUUGUCCGCUACUUGGACAUUACUGGGAAUAAUAUUCUUGGCACCGAAUACUCAAUUCAGAUGCGUAGAAAGAGCCAAUUCAACUCGGGAUAUAUCUAAUAACACGUGUUACAGUGACUGUAGCAAAUAUGAUUAUGUUACGGAUUUUGAAAUUACAAUAAUUUCACAAUGGGAUCUCGUGUGCGAGAGAGCUUGGAUGGUAAAUUUUUCUCAGACGGUUUUAAUGAUUGGUGUACUGUUAGGCAGUAUUUUCUUUGGAUUUGUGGCUGACAGGUUUGGAAGACGACCGGCUAUAUUAUUUGCAAGCAUCAUACAACUUACAUUAAGUUUAUCAAUUUCGUUUAGCCCCAAUUACUGGGUAUUCACAGCCAUCAGACUGUUUUUGGGAGCAUCGACAGCGGGCUUAAUGGCGGUGACGUUCGUUUUGACAGUUGAAAUUAUAGGGUCGAAGAAAAGAGAGAUUGUGACCACUUUUUACCAUUUGCCAUUCGCAGUGGGCCAGAUGAUACUACCACUUUUCUCGUACUAUUUGAGGAGCUGGAAGAGAUUUAGUUUCGGUUUGGGCUUAACAAAUUUGAUUUUUCUCCUAAACAUAUUUUUGUUAUCGGAAUCACCAAAGUGGCUAAUAUCUAUGGGAAGAUUGAAAGAAGCAAGUAAGAUUAUGAAAAAAGUAGCAAAAUUGUAAGUGAAUUUUUAUUUCUUUAGUUUCACAAUUUUAUGGCGUUAUUUAAUUAUGAAACACUUUACAGUCUUUUUAUUUAUUUAGCAAUAAUUUGAAGUUAGACAAUGACACGUUAGAAAUUGCCACAAAUAUUUCAAGAGAACAAUCGAUGCAAUGUGGAAGGAAUGAGACUACUACAGUGACUUAUUUGGUAUUUUUCACUCAUCCUACGUUAAGAUUGCGGAAUCUGUGUUCAUGCAUUGCCUGGUUCUGUCUGGGGAUAAGCCUCUAUGGAGGCAGUCAAUACAUCGGUCAAACUAGUAGUAAUGUAUUUCUAAGCAUCAUGUUGGCAGGAGCACUGCAGGUGAUUAAUAGCUGUUGACAUUAAAUAUGUAGUAAUUAAUUUAAAACAUUCUACCCAUACUUUAUGUGCAAACAAAGAAUGAGCCGAUAUCAAAUGCAAU